AUGGAGAAUCCCUGGUAUGGUCUCUGGACCAUAUCCCUUCUGAAACUGGAAGAGUCCUUCAACAAUAUCAUCAUCGUUCCACAGUAUGCAUUAUGGUACACGCUGCCCGAAGAGGAACCAGAGAUUGAAUCCAUAGAGGAACUUGAUGAAGAUGCUCUAUUCGGCAUGUACUUCGGAGUGUCAAAAAUAUCAAAUUUGAUGGGAGAUCAACGACACAUCGUCAUGUGCCUAGCUGGCCGUGUGAUCGGAGGUCUUGGGCUGUUGCGUCUAUACGACGCUAGGGAAAGGGCGUGCGCUGUUGCGCUCGCAUGGGCUUGUCUGUGGGUAUGGGUAGCGCGGGCGUGCUAUGGUUCGGUGUCGGACUCAUCGUCCUCUGAAUCUAUGUCGGGGGGUUCUGGCUCGUCGAGGAAGGAUGGGAGCUCCUUGGGUAUGUAUUUCUCCCCUGUGAACGUAAAGGCACCUGAGUCCCGUAUGAAGUCGGCUAGGGCAGCUAUUCCCUUGGGGGUCCCUAGCAGCUCUGGGAGUGCCAGGUCACGGUUGUGUUUGCGCAGCAACGACGAGUUGGAUUUAUUUAGGGAUUCAGAUGAGAGUCCCGUCCCCAUCAUGCAUGAGGAACCAGAUAUCUCGAGCCUCCCGGACAUCGAACAAGAUCCUGACAUAUCAUUUGCUGAAUCGCUGCGUACCAUUCCUGAUGGAUCAGCUCCUCAAAUCGUUCCCGACUUCGUCGCUCUCCACAUUCUAGCCGAGAAAUUAGAGAUCUCUUCCAUCCCACGUCGCAGGCACAGAUACGAGCGUCGGGCAGGUUACCGAAUAAUCCACGAGUGCUGCCCCCUCGUCGUCGAGAUCAAAUCUUUUCCUGGACGUGAUCUGAGUCCAGCAGACUUCGAAAGAAAGCUUGACAUACGUUUGGGGUGGGCUAUCCAAGAUCUCGGGUUCCAGUGUUACCAUCUUUUCAAGAUGUACGAACAUGCCCUUCGCACGGUGGUAAUCGCUGCUAGUGGUGAUUAUUGGACGUACCGUAUUGUUACUCGGGCUGAUGUGCCCAGAGCCGAGGGCGAUGUCAUGGAUACCCAACUUUGGGAUGAGCUCGAAUUUCCACCUCCCGUGGUAUUGGGUACUCGAGAUUCUGACCAAAGAAUGAAGGACAUCUCCGAUUACCUCCGCAAUGCGAAGCCUGCUCAAUUAGAGAAUUAA